AUGGAUAAAACAUCAUCGUGGAUGGAUAUGGUGAACUGGCCAUCGUCCCCAGAGAAGACAGGCGAUGCUUCCAACCUCGCAUUGGGCCAUAAUCACACCGAGUCGUCAUCGGUCUACGCCCCGCCGCCGUCCGAUAUAAGAAGAGUAUCCGACCAGAGGGAUGCCGAUAUUCCCGAGGACGGGCUCGAGCUCAUCUGUCCAGAGGUUCUCGGCAGUCAGGGAUUUGAUCAACCCGAGGCCGAUAUGCUCGAGGACGGGCUCGAUGCCAUCUGGCCAGAAGUUUUCGGUGCUCAACCCUUUGAUCAACCUGAUGCCGAUAUUCUCGAGGGCGGGAUCGAGGCCGUCUGGCCUGAAGUUGGAUGGGAUGUCCUUCCCGGGGAGCUCCCUGACGAUGAGCUAUUCCCUGGUGUUUCCAUAGAGUCCAGCGACAAUGGCGGAAACUCUGGAGGGAUGGCUACCCAAGAUGAUGGGGUCAUCGAGAAUGCCAGUCAAUGUGGUGAGGGAGAAAGCAAAGAAGGGGAUGUUGAGCAGGAUGAAAUGAAUACGAUGCAGGACCAGAACCGGAAUAUUAGCGACGAGGGGGAAAGUGGCAAGGAUAAAGAAAACGACGCAGCCGGCGACAGUAACGUCACCCUCCCUUGGCCGACUCCUGUCGCCGAGGGACUGGCUGAAGUCUCUUCUGGUCCUGUUCCAAUUUGGGACCCUAUGCUUCCUCCACCACGUCGUCUUCGAUUCCUCCCACGUGCGGAGGAAGCAAGCAUCGUCAUGAAUCGUAUUCAUGACGGAAAUAUUAGCGCCGAGAGGGAACGAGCCAGGGACAGAGCAAACAAUGCACCAGACGACAGUGACACCACCCGCCCUUGGCUGACUCCUGCCGCUGAAGGACUGGCUGAAGUCUCUUCUGGCUGUGUUCCAACAUCUUGGGACCCUAUGCUUCCUCCACCACGUCGUCGUCGAUUGCUCCCCGACAGCACCUCACCUACGAUCUCACCCGCACGUCGAAGAGGUGCGUGUAUUCAGGCCCCUCUACAACCAAACCGGCCCGACAACCAGACCCUGAUUGUCAGAUGGACCUUCCGCGGACAGUUGAUCCGUCAGUGCGAGGUCCCUCGUGAGCUCACAGUCCACCACCAUUUGUUAGAGUCAGGGCGCUAG